AUGGGUAAAGAUCGAUUCUACAAAUCUUGGAAUGGUUAUAUUGGAAAUUUAAAGUUGAAUCUUUGUUCUGGUGCAUCAGAACCCAGUAAAGGUAACUUUAAUCUUGUUAUUCUAGAUUUUAUUAAUCUUCCACCAAAUCUCAACUCAUUUCCAAAAUUUUAUGUAACAGAAACUAUUGAGUAAAUAUGUAAAUAAUUUAAUUAGAACUUGCCUUAUUGACACUAAAAUUAUUGAGAUUACUUAAGUAAACUUAAAAAGUGUUAUUAAUAUUCUUUAAGCAUAAGGGACAUAAGAAAGGAUUUGUUAUUGUUCACCAUCUAAAAUAGAAUAACUAAAGGUUUGA